CAGCCAAUCAGGAGAACGCGCGAGAACGAGGCGCGAAAGCAACUUUCGUAGCAUCUAGUUAGUAUCUCUUACUUUCUUCGUUAAAUGAUCGGAUAUAGAAGUAGUUCGUUUCCCCCGAUUUUCGUAUAACUGAAACUUAGUUGUUUGCUGAAACUAAUAUAAGUAUCAAGGGGGGGAAAUUCAUUUUUUGGUUCUUAGCCAUUAAUCCUCAUCGAGGCCACUCAAGAAGCCAAGAUGUCGUUGGACAACACUGAGAUAAAAGCGGAAUAUACCCUGCAGUGAUACACCUAGACACCUGGAGUGAAUGAGUCACAGAAGGGGCCACCAUGUGUUCUAUUCCAGGACUCCCAUCAAUGGGUUCAAAUGUACCUGUACUCAUUACCAGACUAAACCUGAACCCAGCAUGUGUUCUGGUAGAGUUUUGGGGGAAUUUUGAUCAAGACAGAAAAUUUGCAUAUCAGCAGCUGAAAAAGGAGAUUCAGUACCCCAGAGAGGGUUUUUGUGAAUCGGAUGGAAAUCCUGGUGACUUGUGUCUCGUACGAGUGUAUGAAACAUGGUAUAGAGCCCGUAUAGUGUCCAGAGAUACUGACGAGUACAGUGUGUUUUUAAUCGAUGAAGGCAGAACGCUGCGUGCCACUGUAAACACUUUAGCAUGGGGCAAAAGUGACUUUUUCUAUCUUCCCCCUGAAGUUGAAUUCUGUGUUCUUGCCAAUGUCCUACCACUGUCUCCUGAAAACAAAUGGUCAGCAAUGGCCUUAGAGUUCAUGAAGACCUUCUGUGGUCGAAGAGUAAAUGCCACUGUACAAGAUGUUCUGGUGCCUCAUCGAACAUUCCUACUAGACAUUCCUUGUCUGUCCAGACAAAUGUUUGAAAUGGGCUUUGUAAAGAAGUUGUACAGUGAUCGGUUCAAGGAGUUUGUUGCCAGAUCUUUGCAGGCCAACAGUGGGUCUGGAGAACCUCACAGAAUUUCUUCCAUUAGGACCAAACCAAUUGAGAUCAUCGAGCAAAUGGAGAAGCAGCAGGCCUACAUGUAUCCAGAGCUGCAGACCGAUACUGUUGAGACCGUUGUGGUCACAGAAGUAACAAGUCCAUUUAGAAUAUUCUGUCAGCUUAAGGUUUUCUCUCAGGAGCUGAAAAAGUUAACUGACCAGAUAACUCGGUAUUAUGAGGGAAGAGUUGGAUGUAACUUUGCAAGACUUGAGAAUCUAGGCAGCCCGUGUGCAUCAAGAGCAAGUGACGGCAAGUGGUAUCGGUCUGUGCUGCAGCAGGUCAUGUCUGCCAACAACGUGGUUGAAAUUUUGCAGGUGGAUUAUGGGAAGAAACAAUUUGUACAAGUUGAGAAUGUCAGACCACUUGCCCCGGAAUUCUUCAGGAUGCCUGUUGUAACGUAUGUGUGCUCCCUUCAUGGAAUAGCCGACAGAGGUAUUGGCUGGACGGCUUCACAAAUCGAUUACCUGAAAUCUCUCCUGCUCAACCGCACAGUGAUUGCCAAGUUUCAGUAUCAAAGCCUUUCUGAAGGUGUCCACUAUGUCACAUUUUACGGAGAGGAGAAUACUAACAUCAACAAAUUGUUUGAACUGAAACAGAAAUGUUCACUGGACUCUAUGACCCUUACAGACUUUGCUGUUCAAAAGAGCCCAUUAUCUCAAAAGAGCAAGAUUUUGGAGACCACCAAGGCCACACACAUCGAUGAAACCUACUCUGACCUUAAAGGGAAUAAGCCAGUCUUUUUCACAGAAAGUCUCACACCUAACACUUCACAUGUGGCAGUUGUACAGCAUGUUGAGAGCCCUGGAAAGUUUUGGAUUCAAACUCAGCAAUAUGCCGAUGAAUUCAGUCAGCUAAUGAAUGGCCUUGGAAAUCUGUACGGUGAUCCAACAAGCACUGAAGGAUUGAUAAGAAAGCCUGUUGUCGGUCUCCUUUGUGCAGCUAAAGCCCAGGAUGGUGUGUUCUAUAGAGCGGCUAUCUAUAAGGUAAUUGACAAGACAGCAGAAGUUUACUUCCUUGACUAUGGCAAUACAGAACUUGUUGAUUGUUUCAACCUCAGACAGUUGCCUCUGAGAUUUCAGCAAUUGCCUGCUGUGGCAAUAAAGUGCUCCCUCUAUGGCAUUAAAUCCAGGCUGAAACAUUGGGACGAGAGGGCUACAUUGUUCUUUUCGAAACUCGUUAAAGACAGAGUACUUGAUUUGCACAUACAAGACAAGCAUCAAGACACUCACAUGGUCCAGUUAGUGGAUCUGAGUUUAGAUGGAGAAAAUGAUGUGAGCAAGUUGCUGUGCAGUGCAGAUUUUGCAGACAGUGAAAAGAGCUUUGUGGAUAACUCUAUCACAAGAUCUUGUGGUUUAAAAACUACACACACAUCUUCUGUAUUCUUGACAGGAGCUUGGCAUCAAACGCCUUCCAGUUCUUCUGCCAUAACAGACAGUGCAUCUGCUUUCAAGGAAUACUUGUUUCCCAUUGGAAGUUCACUGGAGGUGACUGUAUCCUACAUUGAGAGUCCAAAUGAUUUUUGGUGUCAAAAAGCCAGAAAUGCAGCAUGUUUAGAAGUUUUAAUGCAAGACAUUCAGCGUUUCUAUGCUCAUAGUAAAUUUCAGCCACCUUUGGAAGCAGCUUGUGUUGCCCGUCAUCCUGAAACUGGGAUAUGGUACAGAGCCUUGGUCAUUCAAAAGCACCAAACGCCUCAUGUUGAUGUCUUGUUCGUUGACUAUGGACAGACAAAGAAGGUUGCUGUUGAAGAUCUUCGAAAGAUCACUCCAGCAUUCUUGAAGAUGAAAGGACAAGCCUUUCGAUGCAGUUUGUAUAACCUGAUCCAACCACUUUCCCACUCAGCUUUAGACUGGAACCCUGAAGCCACAAUGCAGUUUCAAGAGUUUGUUGACACAGCAGCGUCCAUGAAUGUGCCCUUAAAAUGCACCAUAUUUGCUGUAAUGUAUGACUUUCAGAAAGUUGUGUUCAAUGUGGUAGACUUGGAGACCCCAUUCCAAAGCAUUUGCAAUCUCCUUGUCCAAAAACAUCUAGCUGACCGUGCACCCUCUAAGAAAGCUCCUCUUCCACCCUUUCGUCUGGACACCUACUAUUAUUCUACACAUGGAGUCAAGACUGGAUGUGAAGAGGAAGUGAGUAUCACCUGUGUGAAAAGUGUCACUCAUUUCUUUUGCCAUCUUGCCAGGAAUUCGGAGGAGAUUGAGAAACUUUCAAACAAGGUCAACUUCCUAUGCCGUCAGCUAGAGGAAACCAAAUGUCCUCAGACUUUUGGAACAGUUUGCUUUGCAAAAUACACAGAUGGACUUUGGUACAGAGGCCAAAUAAAGUCUACAAAACCAUCAGUUGUGGUCAAUUUUGUGGAUUACGGUGACACAUUGGAAGUAGAUAAAUCAGACUUGCUGCCGGUUCCAAUUGAAGCAGGAGAAAUUAUGUCCAUCCCAGUGCAGGCAAUUGAAUGUGGGCUUUCAGAUAUGCCCGAAGAUGUGCCAUGUGAAGUUAGAAAUUGGUUUCAAAAUUUUGCGGACAGUCAUUGUUUCACUGCUUUGAUCGUGGCAAAAGACCCAGGAGGAAAGCUUUUGGUGGAGCUUUAUGAGGGAAAGACUCAAGUGAAUGCACUGAUCAGACAGAAGUUUCACAAUGAAAUCCAUAGAAAUGAACCAAGUGCAUUCAAAGGGUAUAGUUCAAAGAACAGAAGUGCACAAAGUGGGGCAAUCCAUAUGAAGGAAAGUUCCAGUGGUCUAAAGCGAGAUUUUGUUCAUCAAGUUCCGCAAUCCCGUGACAGUUAUGCACCACAAGAAGGUGACGUUGAAUCAAAACAGCCACGGAGCAAGUUGGGAUUCCAUACAGAUGGUAGACAAGAACCGACAAGAGAUUUUGAGACAUUGCAUAAUUCCCAGAAACAACAUGAACCGCAAAGAAAGUCCAAUGAUAGAGCUGAUGUGUGUCACCCAUGUACAUCUGACAAAACUGAUGGUGUUAAACCCAAGUCCCAGGCUCUCCUUAAUGAAUCAGCACUCCCAGUGAAAGUAAUAAAACCAGGUCUAGAAGCUGAGGUAUUCAUCUCUCAUUGCAAUAGCCCUUGUAGCUUCUUUGUUCAGUUUGCAACUGAUGAGGAUGGCAUUUAUUCGCUUGUGGAGAAGUUGAAUGCUGACCAAUCAAGGUGUGCAAACAUUGAUCCCAGUGAUAUUCGUGAGGGAGACUUGGUUUGUGCAAUGUUUCCUGAAGAUAACUCCUGGUACCGUGCAGCAGUAAGAAAAAACAUUGGUGACACCGUCAACGUUGAAUUUGUUGACUUUGGAAACACGGCUACAAUUUCUGUUUCAAAAAUAUGUCGUCUUGAUCAAUCGUUUGCUCCGUUUCCUAGGUACAGCAUCUGCUGCUCUGUACAUAAACUGAAUGUUGAGAGUGGAGACCAAGAACUUGCACCCAACUUCAAACGAGUAAUUGAACAAAACUUUGAAAAGGUCAUGUGCACAUUUGUGGAAAUGUCAGGGACCAUUUGGGAAGUGAAACUUGAUAUUAAUGGUGUAGUGCUCGGAUCCACCUGCAGGGGUGAUGCUACACCAGCAGCUGAGCUUACAGCCCCAGGUGUCAAGAAGACAUCUGAUAUCAAAGCCUGUACCCAUUACAAGAACCCUGACAUAUCAGCUGGUCAAAUAAUCACUGGGUACACUUCAUUUAUCAAGGGUCCUCAGCUCUUCUGGUGCCAGUAUGCGGCAACAGAUAAACUUCAAGAGAUUUCAGAUGCAUUACAGAAUGCUGGUAAUGCAUCAGAAAAAACUUUGAGUGAGGAAUCUCUGCCAGUUGGAAGUGCUUGCAUUGCCCUUUUCACUGAAGAUAAUUUGUGGUAUCGAGCUAAAGUUACAUCUAGGGACCAUGACAGUCUCUCCAUUACCUUUGUAGACUAUGGAAAUGAGGCAAAAGUCAAUAUCGGUGACGUUAAAGUGCUUCCACCUGAGCUAUCAGAUGUGCCCCCUCAGGCAUUCGACUGCCAGCUUGAAGGUUUUGAUCUUUCCAAGGGUUUCUGGGCUAAAGAGGCAGAUGAUGUGUUCUUUGAGCUAGUUCAUGACAAGCUUUUAAAUAUCACUGUUGAGAAAAUGGAGAACUCUGAAAUGCCACACUUCGUCAAGCUGGAUUGCAAUGGUGCGGUCAUCAAUAAAACCAUGAGAAGCUAUUGGAAAAGUCAAAGUCCUGAAACUCCAUCUGUUGAACUCUUAAGUGAAUCAAAACUGGUGUCCACCGAUGUCUCUGUGGCUGCUGAAGUUAAUAUUGACUCUGUAGUUAUCCAUGAUUCAGACACUGACUGUGUUGACAAUGAAACCUGCACAUCAGUUCUCGAAAUGCAACAUUCUGAACAAGAGCAGCUUGAUUUACUGACAAGUACAAAAGUUGUAAAUGAAGCACAGGAUGACUUACUUGAGAUGAUUACUGAAAAUGUUGCCUCACCUGAUACAGUGAGUAUAGUGCCCUCUGAUGCACAAGAGGAUCCUGAAACCAUAUGUGUCAUGGAAGAUGAUCCAGUUUUAGCUUUCACAAGUCCAUCAGACACAACACACCAGCAUGCUUUUCCUAAAGAGACAGACCCAACACCCCUUCCUGUAAUUUUGUCACAGCACUCUGAGGGAGAAACAUCUAUUUUCUCAGAGAAUAUAGAUAGCUUCUUGAUGAAUAACAACGAUUCUCAAUUAUGCAUUGUUGAAGGACCAGAGUCACCAUUAUUUGAGAUCAUUAAAUCAGACUUGGGCUAUUUAAGGCGAGCAACCGAGAAGCCUGUUGGAUCAGAAUGUGUGAUAUGGUCUCAUGCAAGAAGAAAUUGGUGCGGAGCACGAAUUUUAAAAACUUCUGAUGAUGCUGCAUUGGUGUUGCUUGUGGAACAUGACUCUGAGGUGGUAGUAGAUCCUCUUAAUAUCUUUGAAAUUCUGCCAGACAAGCCAUUGCAGACUUCAUGCAUUGAUGCUGCAGUUCUAAGUGAUGAAGUAACCAGGGAGGAACAUACUACAUUGAAGAAUAGUCCUUUAAAGGUGGAAGAUACAGAAUAUGGAACUGUUGUCACUUCAGAGUCUGAAGAACCAAAUGGUGAAGAAACACACAUUGCCCAAAUGGAUCCAGGUGAUGAACUUGCAGACCAGCCUCAAGCCACAGGGUGUGUUUCCUGCUCCACUGUUUUGGUUGAUAAUUCUGAGGUUGUAGAUGUGUCAGGGGAAGGUGCACAAGUGCAUGAUCUUGUUGAAGUACUUACUCCUGAACAGGUAGAAAGCAAGGAGCCCCAAGAGGAUUUAAAUACUAUAGCUGGAGAGCAUGGAGAAGAUGCUGCCAAGAUGAGUACUGGAGUGGAAUUACUGAUGGAUUUCCUGGAUGUGGCUCACUUCCAUAAGGAUGUAUGUGAGACUGCACUUGAGACUGAUGACUUGCUUGAGGAGUUUAAUAAUAUGCCUGAAGAUCUUAUUGUUCUUACCAGUGAUGGAACAGAAUCUGACACUGCAUCUGAUGGCACGCUUCAGGGAGAUACAAUUACUGUGGGAAUCCAUACUGAUGCUGAAGAAUCAUCACGUGUACAAGAAAAGUCAGAUGCAUCUGAUUGCGCCAGUGCAGAGGUUUUACAUGUCACUCAUCUGACCCUGAAGGUUGAGGAUGCAUCUGACGAUGAUGUCAUUUUUGUAGGCGUUUUGCAAGAAUCUCAGGCAGAAGUAUUUGAGCCGGAGAGUGAAAAUGAAAAACAGAAGCUUGACUAAUGCAAACAUUGUAAACCUCUCAGGAGAUGGUUGAUGUAUCGUAAGAGGCAAGUUACUUAUGUAAUGGUUUUUCUUUCUUUUGUUAAUUACACUUAUAUUGCCAGCAGCUUGAUGUAUUAAGUGGUUUUGUCUGCCUAAUACCAUAAAAGUAUAAUGGCAACAGUAAGCACUUCUGCCUGUUUAUAAUUGGAGCAGUAGUUUUGUUUCCUCUUUCCAUUACUGUUCAAUGAUUUCUCAUUGCAGAUGAAGGCUGUUUUGUUUGUUUUUCAGUUAUUACACAGCCUUUCAUCCUAUUUCAAAACAAUGUUUCUAAAUUAUAAUUCAUCCAGGGAUUUUUUGUUCAAAUGCUCUUAAAUAUUUACAGUACAUACGUGGUGAAAAAAACAAUUUGCUGUGUUU